AUGGAGACCUCUCGUAUUUUUGUCAGAGGACUUCCACCCAAGAUCACGGAGGCCGAUUUCCGGCAACACUUUUCAGCGGGAGGUCGUGAAGUUACGGAUGUCAAGGUCAUCCCCCAGAGAAGAAUUGGUUACGUUGGAUACAAGACACCAGAGGUUGCUGCCAAGGCGGUUAAGUACUUCAACAGAUCCUAUAUCCGCAUGUCGAGGAUCAAUGUGGAACUCGCUAGGCCAAUUGCAGAUCCCGCCCUCCAACACUCCAAAGGGGCCACCGGUAAUGUGCCUUUGGCCACUCUGUCACACUCGGCUGCCUUUCCGCCACCCGGCGACGAAGACAAGGAUGUAAAGAAGAAGCGGAAACGCGAGGAUUUGGAUGAGUCUGACCCCAAGCUACGCGAAUUCUUGCAAGUCAUGGGCCCUAGUAAGAACGCUGCAAAUGAUAUGCCAGAUGUCUUGGACCCUGUCGCAGCCAAGGAGCAGAAGAAGUUGCUCCAAGAUGGCGAGAGUGACGAUGAGUAUGAGGUUAUCCCUGCUCGGCCUGAGAAACGGCAGAUGAGGGAGGUGCCAAAGGGAGAGCAACGUUCGAUGCCUACGCCAGAGAAGGAUGAGGUGAUGCCUGACGCUGCUCCUGUUCCUGAGUCUACGGACGACGCGCCUCAAAAACAGGCUUCCGUCCCUCUGGUCACGACAGACGAUGAUUGGCUUCGUUCAAGGACGAACCGGUUAUUGGAUCUAGUGGAUGACGACGAGGUACUCCAACCUCCAGCCCAACAAACUGAGAGAGAGCCACUCGGAUGUGCACCCGCGGAACAGCAAAAGCAGCUCGCAAAGGCUGCUGAGCUGCCCACGAGCGGCGAUGCCAAGAGUGGGGCUGCUGCUGAGGAUGACUCGGCCCUUUCUGGCAAGGUCGAGGAUAACGACACCCUCGCCACCAUCAAGCGAAACGCUAGACUGUUUGUUAGGAACCUGCCCUUUAGUACUAACGAGGAGGACCUGCAGACGCACUUUGGACAGUACGGAGAACUUCAAGAGGUACAUUUACCAGUCACUGCUGCAGGCGCAAGCAAGGGCUUUGCCAUGGUACAGUUCAUGAGUGGCGAGUCAGCUGUUGCCGCAUUCCAGUCAACGGAUGGUCAGACUUUUCAAGGGCGACUUUUGCACGUCUUGCCUGCUGAGGGCAAGCGUGAUGCCGGGCUGGACGAGUUUGCAAUCUCAAAGUUGCCCUUGAAAAAGCAGAACCUGAUCCGCAAGAAGGCGCAGGCUGCCUCUAGCACGUUCAACUGGAAUUCUUUGUACAUGAGCCAGGACGCAGUCAACGCCUCGGUGGCAAGUCGUCUGGGUGUGUCCAAAUCGGAGCUUUUGGAUCACACGUCGGCAGAUGCCGGUGUUAAGCAGGCCAUCGCCGAGACGUCGAUCAUCCAGGAGACUAAAGCAUACUUUGUGUCGAACGGCGUAGAUCUCGAUGCCUUCAAGUCGCAAAAGCGGGGCGACACAACCAUCCUAGUCAAGAAUUUCCCGUUCGGAACCACAAUGGAAGAGCUGAGAACCAUGUUUGAGGAGCACGGCACCGUCCUGAGGGUGUUGAUGCCGCCUAGCGGUACCAUUGCCAUUGUGGAGUUUGCGCAGCCAGCGCAUGCAAAGGCGGCGUUCGCCAAGCUCGCAUACAGGCGCAUCAAAGACACUGUGCUGUUUCUCGAGAAGGGUCCCAAGGAUCUUUUCAAGAAUGACGCCUCGAUAGACAUGACGCAGGGCAAGGAGGAUCGACCCACCGGUGUCCAAAAACUCAGUGUUACGGAACUCUUGGGGCGGGAUGAGCAGGGUGAGGCUGACGUUGAAACUACGUCGUUGUUUGUCAGGAACCUCAACUUCUCCACAACCACGGAGAAGCUGGCAGAGACGUUCAAACCGUUGGACGGCUUUGUGUCCGCGAGAGUGAAGACCAAGAUGGACCCCAAGAAGCCGGGGCAAGUGCUGAGUAUGGGAUUCGGCUUCGUUAUCUUCAAGACCAAGGAGCAAGCACAGGCGGCGCUCAAGACUAUGGAUGGAUUCGUCCUCGAGGGUCAUACUCUUGCCGUCAAGGGUUCGCACAAGGGUCAGGAUGCUGCAGAGGAACGCCGGCGGGAGGACAAGGCCCGCAAGGCAGCUGGGCAACGGACCAAAAUCAUCAUCAAAAACUUGCCCUUCGAAGCAACCAAGAAGGACAUACGCACCCUCUUCGGUACUUACGGCCAGCUCAGGGCGGUGCGCCUGCCCAAGAAAUUCGGCAAUUCGACAAGGGGUUUUGCUUUUGCCGAGUUUGUCACGCCCCGAGAGGCCGAAAACGCGCUCAACGCGUUGCGAGACACCCACUUGCUGGGCCGCAGGCUGGUCCUCGACUACGCAGAAGCCGAGGCCGUCGAUGCAGAGGAGGAGAUUGCCAAGAUGCAGCGAAAGAUCGGUGGGCAAGUCAACAAGGUCGCCAUCUCGCAGCUCAUGGGCCAGAACAGGAAGAGAGUCAACAUCGGAGGCGACAACGUCGACGAAAUGGAUAUGUGA